AUGGAAGGACGUGGUAGAAAGUUGGUCAAUUUAGUAAUGGAUAGACACGAACCAUCAUCUAUUGACACAAUGACGUAUUUAAAUAAUGUCAAUAUUGUUGGUGUUGCUGAUCAGAGUGGGAAUGCCAAUAGAAAUGAACAAGUUGAGAGUAUUUAUUCUGACUUGCCAAGUUUGCGAAACUCUCCGUAUCACAAUGAAGAUAUUUCAAGCAUUUUUAAUUACGUCGCAGAGUAUGACACAAGUAAACACGAAUCAGAAACCUUCGAAUUCCAACCUGUUCGUGAUCUUAAGAAAUCUACAUCAAUUUUAUCCUCAUCUAGCUCUGAUUCUGAAGACUCGACUGCAAGUAAGUCGAUUUUGACACAAGGGAACGUUUCCACAUUAGAACAAGACAACUAUGUCGUUCCUCUUGUGUCUGAAUUGCAGCUCCAUUUACCAGCCAAUAAUAACUCGCAACCAGAAAUAUCUGAAUUAGUUUUACCAAAAUCCAUCGAAAAUAGUGCUAAUGUAGAUGGCAAAUAUUUAAAAUCAGACUGUGAAGAUUUUUCACCAGAUGACAGUGGUGAUGAAUAUCGGCCAGCAAAACGCACUCGCAAAAUGUCUUCAUCUAGUUCAAGCAGUUCCUCUUCAUCGUCAUCAAGCUCAUCAUCAAGCAGGUCCACUUCUUUUCACUCUACUACACGCAGCUCCAACUUAAUGCAAUCUGGCGAGACUCUCGAGAUCACUGAUAUAAAAAACAAGGAGACGAUUUGUUACUUCUGGCAUGAGGCUUUAGGAGGUCGGGGUGCAGUUGAGAUCGGUUCCUGUGCUACAAAUUCCUGCAAAAAGUAUCUGAUAAAUAUCCUAAUUCUGAAGUUACGUUUUAUACCGACAACUGCUGUGGACAGCAGAAGAACAGGUGAGUUGGAUUAA